AGAUUUCUUAAUUAUAAGAAGUUCUUCAGUAUUAUCCUAAUGGCAGUUGCUGACGCCAAACAAAGAUUUGUUUAUGUGGAUGUUGGAGCUAGUGGGAAACGUGGAGAUGGCAAUGUGUACCAUAGAUGUGAGUUUGGAAAGCUGCUACGCGAAGGCAAGCUCCACGUUCCUCCACCUUGCAGAGUGGAAGGUCUCACAAAAAAGUUACCAUUUUAUGUGGCUGGGGACGGAGCGUUUGAACGCCAGCAGUAUCUGCUGAAUCCGUUCAAGGGGAAAUUCCUUGGACCUCCAGAACGAGUGUUCAACUACCGCUUUUCAAGAGGGAGACGAUCAGUUGAAGAUGCCUUUGGGAUUUUGUACCAACGCUAUGGAAUUUUCAAGGGACCAAUUGAAGCAACAAGGACAACAGCACACUAUGCGACACUGGCCUGUUGUGCACUUCAUAACUUCCACCUAAAUGACAUUGAGAGUAUACCUCCUAAACGUCGCCUGGUUGAUGAGCGUUGGAAGUGUGAAGACCCUGAAAAAGAAAAAGAAGUGUACCUUAGGUUAAAAGAUGAUGUGGCCACAGCUGAGGAAGAGGAAUGUGAAGAAAUGGAAGAGUGUGAAGAGAUGAGGGAAUCACUGAUUGACUACUUCAUUGAAAAUGAAAUCCCUUGGCAGUGGAAGAAGGCGUUUGUCAAGUCUCUCAACUGACUGCAUAUUUUGUAGGCUU